CCUGUGAGGAGGAGGACGCAUUACGUACAGAAGCGGGGCCGGGGCUUCUGGGAAAAGCCAGGAGUUGGAAGAAAACGGAUCAUGUGGAUCACUCUCACCAUGCUCGCCAGAUAUUCACGACGCUCGUCUACUUCCUGCUCUUCAUUGUUCCAAACUUCCAAGAGCAUAUGUCAGGAAGUUGGCAUAGGCAGACAGCAAAUAUGGAGCCUUCGGAGAUGCAAGGAUGGAACAAAAUGCACCAGCAUCGUUCCACAUAACAUGCUACAUUCCUCCUCUAUGAGCUUCAAAAUAAAAAAUAAACAUAACCAUACAAAAAACUUUCCAGUAUUAGAUGGAAGCAUCCCUUCCUUGUAUAGACACGUAGUUGAAGGCAAUGCAAGAAACAGUGAGAUCUGCUUUCAGAGGUAUUCAGAGUUGCUUGUGAAGGUCAGUAAAGGAGGAGGAAAAAAUGCAAUAUUGCGCCACACUCAGAAGAACAAAAAGUUGCUUGUUCGUGAACGCUUAAAGAUGCUUCUUGAUGAUGAAAGUUUCCUUGAGCUCUCCCCUUUUGCAGGCCUUGACAUGCCUUAUGGUGAUGUUCCUGCAGCAGGAUGUCUCACUGGUAUUGGAAAAAUAUGUGGAGUCUGGUGUGUCUUCAUGGCAAAUGAUGCAACUGUGAAAGGUGGGACCAUUUAUCCUAUUUCAGUGAAGAAACAACUGAGAGCUCAAGAAAUAGCAAUUAAAAAUAGACUUCCAUCUGUUUACCUUGUGGACAGUGGGGGAGCAUUCUUGCCACUUCAGGCAGAGUUGUUUCCUGACCAAUUCCACGGAGGCCGAAUUUUCUACAAUGAGGCUAUGAUGUCUGCAUUGAGAAUCCCUCAGGUGGCAGUUGUGUGUGGUUCUUGUACUGCUGGAGGUGCUUAUGUUCCUACCAUGGCAGAGGAAACAGCCAUUGUAGAUAAAAUUGGCACAAUGUUUCUCGCUGGGCCCCCUUUAGUUAAAGCUGCCACAGGAGAAGAUAUUCAUCCCGAGGCACUGGGAGGAGCCGACCUGCAUGCUAAGGUCAGUGGCUGUGUUGACCAUUUUGCAUCUUCAGAAAAAGAAGCAUAUGAAUGUGUUAGAAAUAUUAUUUCAACACUCAAUUAUGAAAUUCCUACAGAAGAAACUUUAGAGUAUGACAGUCCCUUGUACAGUGCUGAUGAGCUUCUGGGGCUUGCACCACAAGAUUAUAGCUACACUCUACAUAUAAAAUUGAUCCUGAGUCGGAUGAUAGAUGGCAGCAGGUUCCAGGAAUUCAAAGCUAAUUAUGGAACUACCUUAGUAGCAGGAUUUGCUUACAUAGAAGGACAGCUAGUUGGAAUAGUGGCUAACAAUGGUGAGCUGACUCAGGAAGCUUCUCUGAAGGGUUCCCACUUCAUACAGCUUUGUAGCCAACGAAACAUUCCGAUCCUUUUUGUCCUGAAUACAGCUCCAUGUGCAGCAGAGCCAGUCAGUCUCACACAGGCAGAGGAUCACACUAAUAGGCUGAAAGCACAAGCAUCCAUGAUGGCUGCAGUUGCUUGUGCUGCUGUUCCCAAGAUAACCCUUGUGAUUGGUGGAUGCUAUGGAAAUGAAAGCUAUGCUAUGUGUGGAAGAUCAUUUGAUCCAAACUUCCUGUUCCUCUGGCCUAAUGCAAGAAUAGGCCUUGUGGAUUCAAGGCAUUGCCAUACACACUCAUUUCUUUGGGAUGCUGAUCGCCAAGGAGCAGAAGUAGACUUAAAACUAUUAAAGGAGAAACUAGAGGAAGAAAGCAGUGCAUUCUAUUCUUCUGCCAGACUCUGGGAUGAUGGAGUAAUCCUACCGCAGAGUUCAAGGAAGGUUAUUGCGCAAUGCUUAAGAAUUAUGAAACAGCAGAAAUACCAGAUCGUGUCCCUGCAACAGUCUCCUCUUCCUGUCAUAAGAAUGUAAGCAGGAAAGCCUGCCAGUAAAAAAUGAAUUUGAACAUCUGGCUCCCUGGAUGUUAAAUAGAAACAAUUUGUAUUUUAAUAUUGUCAUCAUGAUUUCUUAGUAUGAAAAUGUUUGAUUUCAAUAUAUGUUUAUAUAUCAGUCUUCAAUCAUGCUUCUAUUACUGUCCACACCCAGUGGUGGGAUACUUUAAAUUGAUGCCUUUUGUGCAGAAUAUAACGAAGGAAGUAUUAUGAAAAUCAUUUAUUAGCUGAUUUACCAAGGUUUUAAGGUGUCUUGAGUCAAUAGUUUAAAACAAAACUUAAAUAAUACAGAAAACAAAGAUUUAACAGCACCAGAAACACCAAAAUAUACUAACCAGCCAAGCCAAAACC